GAUGAUGAUGAUGAAGAAAAUAGGAAUUUCGUCAGUGGUGUCGAAGUUGAGAAAUCUUCUUGACUAUUUAUAGAAGGAGGAGGAGGUUUGCUUGACUUGCCAUCCAGUCGAGUGGAAAGUGUUAUUAGAAAACAGAUAGAAAUGUUCUUGUUUUUUUGAAGUGGCUUUUCAGAAUAGGAGCUGUCAAGCAAUAAAAUCAAAAUGGGACGCAUAUUUCUGGAACACAUAGGAGGAACACGGUUGUUUUCUUGCGCGACCUGCUACACUGUUCUCACAAAUCGCACGGAACUGAUUUCCACUCGCUUCACGGGAGCAACAGGACGAGCUUUCCUCUUCAAGCGCGUGGUGAAUUUGACGUACAGCGAAGUGCAAGACAGAGUGAUGUUGACUGGACGGCACAUGGUUCGUGACGUUUCCUGUAAAAAUUGCAGUGCGAAGCUUGGCUGGAUAUAUGAAUUUGCCACGGAAGACAACCAGAGGUACAAGGAAGGCCGUGUCAUUCUGGAGAGAGCCCUUGUCACGGAAUCAGAUGGUUUUGAGGAGCAUAUAGGACACGAUUAAGGUGGUAACGCACACCGUCGCUCAAUUAUUCAGAACCCUCGACCAAACAGUCCCUUCGUGGGGAAUAGAUAUAAUCCUGUAAACUAUUUAAGUAUGCAUGGCAUAGGGUGUUGUUUCCUUUUUUUUUUUUCUUCGUCCCCUCCCCCCUGACUAUAUGAAUAUGGAUAUUACACGUGUUUCUCGAUAACAUGAAUGCUUUUACUUAGCAUUUGUAUUUAGAACUAACCUUCUUAACAGUUUCAAGUAUCUUUUUUUUUUUU